AUAAAAUCAAUUACAUUAAAAGCACAGAAACUUAGAUAAUAUUUAAUUUGUUGAUAAGAUCUUUUCUAGAAGAGAGUGCUACCAUUUGCAGGCAUUCGGCAAUGUUGUCUAGAAUCAGAUCAUGUCUCCAUUAGUACUGCUGUCAGUUUAUGGCAUCUACGUAUUCGGCUUCAUAUCCAACAUUUUCGGAUACUCGUGCCAAUUUGGAUAUAUGCAUCCAGCUGCAGUGCCCAUUUAUGAAGCCGAGAUUAGUUGGGACUGUGCCGUCCGCUACAUGAAGUAUGCAGACAAUGCGUUGAGCGGGGACAGUAUCAAGUUUACAAUAAAUCUGAUAUUGGUUUUUGAUGAAAGUCAACCGGAAUCGACUAUAAAAGCAGCGAUAGUUCAAGGCGGUAUUGGUUUCAAUUACACAACAUUGCGUUUGAGCUGCGCUCAGUUUGCGGAUGCCGAAUCCAGAAGUGCCAAAGUAACUGUCCUCAUAUAUGGCCUUCCUAUCGAACAAUAGGACUCGCCACAGUUGAAGAACCACUAAUUGGCCAAAGUACAAUAAAGAGUGGAUGGAUUUCUUUUUUAUUUUUUUAUGUUCGUGUUCUUUGGAGUGUCUUAGAAUAUCAAGUAAACAGAUGAGAUCAAGUUAUUUAA